AGCGCGCGGCCGGGGCCUCGCUCUCCCCGAGGGCCGCGUGGGGCUCGGGCGGCAGCGCCCUUUGCUGGCGGGCGGCGCCGAGGCCGUGCCGCGGGAGCCAGGGGAGGAAGCGCUCGGGCCCGAAUCCCCGCAGGGCGCCAGCGGGGCGGGACCGACUGGGCCCAGCGCGGCUCCCCGGGCCUCUGCCUGCGCCGAGCGAGCGGAGCCCCUCGCGGGGCUGCCCCCUCCCCAGCAGGGGUGCGCUGCGAGGUAGCGCCCGGGGGAAGGCUGGGGCCCAGCUGAGCUGUUACCGCGCGAGGAGACUGAGAGUCUCGUGGCCCCUGGCCCGAAACCGCCUGCGCUGCAGCGGCCCAAAAACGCUGCUCAAGUUCAUCUAACUAAACGUGUGUGAAGGAGAUGCGAUUGUGGGUUAGUCCAAGAAUGAACAAAUAUACGAAGCCUUAUGUUGAGAAGACCACAAAUCUUGAAAAAUUCAGCCCUGUGAUUCUUGCUGAAAUUGAGGAGCUCUUUGAGAAGAAGUUCUCAUAUACAAAACCACCGAAUAGUGAUUGGAAGCUGCCAGAUUCCAGUGAUGUGUUUACCUGCAAUCACAAAGAAUUCAAUACACUCCUUGCUCUGAAGGACUCCAUGAAUGAAGUCAAAAACCAACUAAGUGAUAAGAAAUUGGAUGUAUGGCAUCAGCACACUUCCUUCACCAACAAAGCUGGGAUAAUCAUUACUCAUGUGAAGAAGUCUGUGAAUGCUGAGUUGUGUACCCAGGCUUGGUGCAAAUUCCAUGAGAUUUUGUGCAGUUUCCCCCUUCUCCCGAAAGAAGCUCUUCAGAAUGGAGAACUCAAUUCUGUCCAUCUCUGUGAAGCACCUGGUGCUUUUAUAGCCAGUCUCAAUCACUACAUAAAAUCCCAUCACAUUCCCUGCGAUUGGAACUGGGUAGCCAAUACCCUAAACCCAUAUCAUGAAGCAAAUGACACCCUUGUGAUGAUUAUGGAUGACCGACUUAUUGCAAAUACCUUGCCAUGGUGGUAUUUUGGUCCAGAUAAUACUGGGGAUGUGAUGACAUUGAAACAUCUAACUGGACUUCAGCACUUCAUAAGUAAUAUGACCACUGUUCACUUGGUAACUGCUGAUGGGAGUUUUGAUUGCCAAGGAAAUCCAGGUGAACAAGAAGCGCUUGUCUCACCUCUACAUUACUGUGAAGCAGUCACUGCUUUAAUGAUCCUUGGCAAUGGUGGCUCCUUUGUUUUGAAGAUGUUCACUUUAUUUGAACAUUGUUCUGCCAAUCUGCUUUUUCUGCUAAAUUGUUCCUUCGAGGAGGUCCAUGUCUUUAAACCUGCCACUAGCAAAGCCGGGAACUCUGAAGUCUAUGUAGUUUGUCUUCAUUACAUGGGCAGAGAGGCCAUCCAUCCUGUGCUGUCCAAGAUGAUGCAGAACUUUGGAACAGAAAUGGUUAACAAAGCACUCUUUCCCCAACAUGUGAUUCCAGAAUCUUUUCUUAAAAUGCAUGAAGAAUGCUGUGCAUUCUUUCACAAGUACCAAAUAGAGACUAUAUCUGAGAACAUCCGGCUCUUUGAGAGCAUUGGGGAAGCAGAACAAAUAAAGCUGAACAACUUAAGGGACUGUGCAGUGGAAUUUUUCAUGCAAAGAUUCCACCUGAAACACAUUACAAGAAAUAACUGGCUAGUGAAGAAAUCUCGUGUAGGCUGCAGCAUGAAUGCAAAAUGGUUUGGACAGAGGAACAAAUAUUUUAGUACAUACAACGAAAGAAAGAUGCUGGAAUCCCUGACAUGGGAAGAUAAAGUGGCCAAAGGCUAUCUUAAUCAUUGGACUGAAGAGCACACUUUAGGUAAUGCUGGGAAAAGCUGCAUUUUGGAAGGGUCAUCCUGUAACCUUGAAUGUAAUUUAUGGUACAUCCUGGAGGGAAAGAGGCUGCCAAGAGUAAAAUGUUCUCCAUUCUGUGAGGGUGAUGUCUUGAAGAAUCUCAAUGAAGCCAUUAAAGAAUCAUUAGUAGGCAAACUAAAAACUAGUUCCUUUUCCAGACGAACACAGCAACCAUGUCAUUCUUGCAAUGUUCUUACUGAGGCACUGAUACUAUCUGAGUUGUCUAGCCUUACCAAGUACCAUCAGAAGGUACCAAAUGAAGGAUGCAGUGACCAAAUCAAGUGUCUCGUGGUGGGCUUUCCGUCUCUUUGUGACAUCAAAAGCCAGUCCAACAUGGAAGUUAGGCUCCUGGAGUCAGCCACACUCUUGACUUUCAGCUGUUCUUUGCUUCAUGAUGGAGAGCCAAAAUAUCAGCAGCAUCUUUUAGACUGCCUUCUGCGUGCGAUUAAUCAGCUUCAACUGGGAGAUGCUUUGAUUCUGCCUGUUCUUUCUUGUUUUACACGCUUCACAGCUGGCCUGAUUUUUGUACUGCACGGCUGUUUCAGCUACAUCACAUUUGCUUGCCCCAUAUCCUCUGAACCUCUAGGGACCAGUGCUGUUCUAUUGUGUAUUGGCUAUCGAGGUCUUCCAAAUCCAGUUGUUGAGUACCUGCAGCACCUGAAUAAACUAAUGAGCUCUUUGCUCAGCUCAGACUCUCCCCAGCAGGUUUUGCAGUUUGUCCCUAUGGAGAUGCUUUUGAAAGGCAUGCUGCUUGAGUUUUUAUGGGAUUUGAAUACUGCCAUUGCAAAGAGGCAGCUCCAUUUGAUUGUACAAGUUGAACAGCAGCAAAUGUCGAGUAAUCUUUAAUUUUGGUGAUUCUAGAAUCGAACUGGUAGAUGUUGUUUCAAAGAAGAUUCACUUCACUGGCUCUUUAAAGUUCUUAAAUUUUUUCUUUUGCUAGUGUGAAUAUCACUUCAUUUUAAAACAGUGGGAUUUAUUUUAAUGUUGGUAUCUAAACAGUUCUACAGUACUGCCUUAUGGUAUUAGGUGUUGCCAUACAAUCCUGUAAGCAUGGGGGUUAUUCUACAUGGUGGGGAAAUUGUGAAGCAAAAUGAAGGACUGAAAUUCUGGAGAAAGGGGAGUUCUUCUAGGUAAUACCUUUGUGCCUUUGUACAAUCUUGUCUCUCCCCAUCUAGGUCCUCUUCCCUCCAUAUAGGCAUAACCUCACAAUGACUCUAUUUCUGUGAAGAGAUCUGAAUGGAGCUUAAUUGAUGCCACUCCUUAUCAGCCAGUAGAGGCUGCUAAUUGUACCCCUUUCACACUGUCACACACUGUUAAUUCCAGAGUUUUGGGGACCCAAAUGUGGUAUUCAAACUUGUUAGCUGAUAGCCUUUCCAAGCUAGCUAAUCUUCCCUUUUGAUUAAAAAGAGGCUAUCUAUGCUGUCGCCUGCAGAAAGAAUUGGAAACCUUUAAAAAGAUCUCUAGAGUAUGCUGAAUACACAACCAUAUUGAAAUCAAUAUAAGAUUUGCUUCAGAAAUUCAAUUUUAUAAGCUGUUGCCUUAGCUGAUCUGCAGCCAUGCUGGCAAAGGCCUCAGGUUUUCAGAAGUGACUGACUAGUGAUUUGGAUGUCUCCACUUUUGUUGCCCAACUUUAGGCACUAAAGAAGGUUGACUUUUCAGAGUUCAGGUCUUCACCAUUUUCUGAAAAUUUAGCCCCCCUUUAAUUUCAAGUUGGGCACCUGCUGGCAGCCGCCAGAAUGCUAAGUGAUGCCAUUUAUAACAUCCCACCAUGUAGGCCCAAGGUCAGAUGUAAAGCACAAGGGAGACUGGUUUUCAUAUAAGGAAUUUUGUGAUCGCAGAAUCCCAAAUUACAAAUCCUUGCUUUUUCAGCGGUGUAUAGGAGGGAAUCUUGACAUCUGGGUUCUGUUCCCAUCUAUGAAAUUGACUUGCCAUCAACAAGUCAUUUCACCUCCCUAUGCCUCCAUUUCCCCAUCAGUAUAAUGGCCAUAAUACCAUUUCAGUCUCCAGAGUGUUUGAUGAUUCAUUCAUAAAGAGUUUGAGAACCUUGGGUGAAAGUGAGAACUGCCUAUUGUUGUCUACUAUGGUAGCUGUAGCAGGUGACCCACAACUACUGAUUUUUAAUUAGAAAUCUUAUCAAGUGCAGUUUAUAAAUAGCAAAUAGUAUAUCCCACUAUGUGAAUGUUGGAAGCAUGGAACUGAGAAAAAAUGAAUGAAACUUAUUAGAAAAGAAGUAUGUUACUUGAUUUGAUCCUUUUAGGAGUAAAAUGAAAGAGAAAAUGAGUAAUUGACACCACUGUCCCUUUAAGGAAAAUCAGGUUUUACUUUUUCAUAUUGCUCCUUUAAGAUUUCAUUUUGAUAUCUAAUUAAUUUUCAUUAGAAUCUUGGAGACUACGUUUUAAUUUACAUAGGAGACCUGCCCAGAUAGAGAGAAAUGGUAUUUAAAGGGGAAACUUAUGGAUUUAAUGUUGGUAUAAAAAUAGCAUAAAUGAGUGCAUGUGAGAGAAAGGGGUUAGUAAAAGAAAAGACAGCCUCCUGAUUAAUUACCAGUCACCUGUGGAAGUACUUCUAAUUACAUAAGGUAGGAGCUUGAAGGAUAUUUGAUUACCAAUGGGAAUUAAAAGCACUGUUGAAAAACUGUUUUGUCUGAUGGUGCUGUGCACUUAAUAGUCUUUCUUGUCACUUUGGAAGGGGUGGAGUGUAAUUAACAUUUUGUUUUGCUUUUUGUUUACUGUGUUUGAAAGGUUUGUGAGUUGGUAGCUGAAGUCUAACUCAUUUUAUAACAUUCUAUACAGACUUUGUUUUCUGAAAGUAUGCAGAAGAGGAUCUGUUUGGCUUCCCCCAAACUUCUCAAAUUGGUCACAUUGUUCAUUUUAACUUAAUUUAAAUUAACUUCCUGUAGUUGCUCUGCGGAGAUGAAGAGAGCCUUGCCUCCUGUCAAUCACAGGCAAGCAAAACAGUUCAGCAGAUCCUCGGGAUCAAGAGACUAGAGGCAGCAAAAGCCUCUCCAGUAAGUGAUUCUGAAAACUUAGGAAAUUUUUUAAGAGGACCUGAGGGGCCAAAAAGGAGGCAACAUUGAGGAACAAAAGAAAAUGACGGGGAAAGGAACAGAGACCUGUAAUGAGAAAAAGAAAAGGGGGAAAGGAUAUAUGAGGGUAUAGUGGAUCUGAGAGGACAGCAUGAUGAUAACUUCAGGAACAGUACCAUAAAUUCAGUCUUCACAAAUGAUCCUUCUGUUUCCCUGUAUUUGGGAGAAUGAACAAAAUAGAAGUAUUGCCGUCCAUCAAAAAGCAGUGUUCCCUCUCCCUGUCCCCUUUGUAAUUGUGGGAUUAGAGGGUUACCUUAACCUGUUUGUAUCCUGCUCUAGCCAACCCAUCUGGGAAAGCACCUCUUCUGAAGCAGGAGCACAUACCCAUGUAUCUGGAAGUAUUGUAGAUGUAUGUUUACAUUGUCACAAUCUAUAUUUUGGAGUACUAAAACGUCAAAAGGUCCCCCAUAUAGUUGGUCAACUCAAAUCUAGACAUCAGUUCUUUCUGGGCUUAACAGGACAUCUGUAACUUUAGAAAUCUGACUUCUGUCUGUGUGUGGUGUGGUUUUUUUUUUUUUUUUUAACCUACUGUUGCUACAAGUAAAUCCCAGAGAUGACUAUACCUUUAGGACAAAUAGAAAAAACUUUUUUCUCUUUUUUUCUUUUUCUUUUUUCUUCCAAUUGUCUGCUUUGUACCUUUUUGACAGCACUCUGUCAGUUUCAGUUUUCCUUCCACCAUCAGUCAGUAUACCCCAUCUGUAUGGGCCUUUCACAUAGCAAUGGUGGGAGAUGGGCGCUUUUUUUUUUUUAAAGAAAUGUGGUUGUAAAGCCACAAAAAUUGUUAGAUGAAAGGACAGGGCUAACUGUCUCUGGUUUAAUUUGUAAAGAUUUUGUACUUGAUUUGGCUCCUGCCUAAGAGCCUAUUUGACUAUUGAUUUCAAAAACGUACACUGCUUUAGAAUAAGAGUAGGUGAAAUUUAAAUCAAGUAUCUACCCAGUGAAAGGACUCUGUUUAGUUACGUGCAUUAAGGUUUGGAGACUUGCCACUUUUUAUUUGUAUUGUAAAUUAUUAUAUUUAACUUUGUGUGUGUGUAUACACGCAUGCAUAUACCUGUGCAUAUUCAAAUGAAGUUAUAUAAAAAGCAUGCUGGUUUUCCAAUUUGAUUUCUAUAAGGCAUAAUGAGAUUUACUGUAUGAAAUCUUGUCCUCUGCUAAAAUUAUAUUAAUUGCUGUCUAUUCAACUUAAUUUAAGUUAGAUCAGUCAAAUUACUAGUAGAAUAAGUAGACUGUGGUAGAAUUACUGGACAUUAGAAAAGCAAUUUGGGACUUAAAGGAAAAGGACUUUGGUAUGAGCUAUCUGAACAGCUUAUGCAGAAGAAACAGAAAAGUCUUAUGUUCUGGUUGUUAAACUGAGAUCUUGAGCUAGGGUGUGGAAUAUUCUUAAAUAUUGAUUCAUUGGGAUGCACAAUGUGACCAUAACACUCUAUCCUAUGGGGUGGAAGUCUUUUUACCUUAUUGUGUAACAUUUCUUUUGAGAUUUUAGUCCUUGAACUUGAAUUAUUUUCAGCACAUUAUUUUGGAAAAAUAAACUUAGCAUAAUGUUUGUUUCUCUUGCUAUUUGUAUUUGGAUGCCACUAAAAUAUGUCAGUGUGGCUAUUCAUGUAGGCUGACAGAUUGUGGGAGGCACUUGUUUUCUGGACACGACAGCUUUGCAAAUUUUCUACUUGUGUAUGGAAAGUAACCUUUUUUUUCUUUACAAUGGGCAUAUGAAAUACAAUUAGUUUUUUUUUCUUUCUCCUAAUAUCUUCAAUCACUGGUGUAAAGGGUGGGUGAAAAGAUUUUUGUGCCUGGAUUACUAAAGUUUCAUGACAAUGUUACCAGACUGAGAUAAGGGAAAACAUUUUCAUGGUUGUCUUGCUGAAAACUUGGUUUGGUUUCUUCCUUUUAAACUUCAGCUCAGCUAGCAAAAAGUACUAACUGGACAGGAUGAAAUAAACAUAUAGGCCCAAAUGAAGUUGCAUCUAUUUAUAUCAGAAGUGAAUUCAGCCCAUGAUUCCUUAUCAGUAACUGUUUAUUAUACAGUAAUUUGGAUUGCUGUGUAAUUCUCUUCCAGUUACACAAAUGUUGGCAAUUCUGAAAUUUAUUCUGAGCUUUAAAAGCAUACCAACUUUGUAUGGAGAUUCUGGAUGGGUACAGAGACAACUGGCUUGUAACAAAGCAUAAUUUGCUGUUACAAUAACUGUCUCGCUAAACAGUCUUUCUGUCCGUCUGUACAGGCUGAUUAAACUUGCUCACUGGGCCCCCGUCUAGUAGAUUUGCCCAACCUUGCUUGAUAAAGGUUCCUUGAGAAGUAGGCUCUGUGGGAUUUACCACCUUGCGUGACCGUUUAGUGUGUGUGUGCAUGUGUUAAUGCUGCUGAGAUAUUUGCAGUCCUACAUCAGAUUGGAAGGGCUUGCUUUAUAACUGAGUGGAUGUGUUUGUUUUGUUUGGGGGUGGAGUAUUUAUGGGUAUAAAGAUUAAGGAAUGCUGGCUGAAGCUGGCUACUGCAUUUCUCUGUUGACCUCUGUACAUUUAUGCAUGUAAAGAGAGAUUGUUUUUUUUAUUUUUAAAGGGGCGGGGUGACACUUACGUGUUUGGAAAUAAAAUCUUAUUUUUCUCUGAC